GUACACACAUAUAUGUACAUACAUAUGUAUAUGUAUAAAAAAGUUAAAAAUCUCUAAUUAAAUUUUAAUUAAAGACAGUAUAUCAACAGUUCGCGACACAAUAUGAGAUACCAUCAAAAUGCUGUCAUGUGGUGAGCAAUGUGAAAAGUAUAAAAAAGUUUGCAAGAAAUAUCUAAUUGAUGGUUAAACAUGAAUUGUACCGACCAGAUUUUUCUACCUUUAUUUAUUCUUACAUUUAUUAUAUAUGCACAAUGUGAAAUUAUUACAUUGGGCUUAGUUGGUUCGGCAUUAGGUGGUUUAGGUUAUUACGGAUACGAAUAUAUGAAGUGCAAAUAUCAAGAAUGCUGUACAAAUGAAUAUAUUCACCUUGAUUUUGAUAAAUUAGAAUUUAUGUUAGCUGCCAACCUGCAUGGACAGCAAAUUGCUCACAAAACAAUUGUACUUGCACUUCGUGGAUUCUUUGGAAACAAUCAUUCAUCCAAAGCUCUGGUUAUGAGUUUUCAUGGUACAUCAGGAACUGGCAAGACUUAUGUGACACAGAUGAUUGCCACAGCUCUCUACAAAAAUGGUGUAAAAAGUCAAUAUUAUCACUUUUUCAAUGGUCGCAGUGAUUUUGAAUUACAAGAAAAAGUUGAUGAAUAUAAAAGGGAACUAAAAAACUUAAUUUCUAAGAGUUUAAAACAAUGUGAGAGAUCAAUGUUUGUGUUUGAUGAAGUGGACAAAAUGCCAGAAGGUUUGCUGGAUGUGCUGGUUCCUUUUCUGGACUACAACAGCUAUUACAAAUCGUCCAAAAAUAGUGAAUCUAUGUACUUAAACAAAGCUAUUUUUAUAUUCCUCUCUAAUACAGGCAGUGGCCACAUAGUACAGCAACUUAUAAGUAUGUGGAAAAUAGGCAAAAAACGAGAGGAUGCUCGACUACAAGACUUUGAGAAGCUAGUAGCUGAUGGUGCUUUUAAGGAGAAAGGUGGUUUUCGUCACAGUGAUGCUAUACAGACUAGUGUGAUUGAUCAUUAUGUGCCUUUUUUACCUCUUGAGGAAAGACAUGUUAGACUAUGUGUAGAAAAGGCUUUCUCAGAAAGAGGAGUGUUACCAAACGAGGAAAUGAUUGAAGAGGCGUUGUCGCACUUGACUUUUGGUCCAGAACCGUUCAACCUGUACUCGAAGGGAGGUUGCAAGAGAAUAGAACAGAAAGUUGCCUCUAUUGUGUUUCGCAAACAAUCGGAAGAUCUAAAACACAAAGUAAGACAUGAACCACAUGUAUAAUGAAAAAUAAUGAUAAUAUAAUAAUAAUAAUACGAUUAUAAAUUUUUUA